AUGUCAAUGUUGGGCAACUCCACAAUAGUCCAUUCGCAAUGCCACCAAAAGGAUUCGGAUCAGCUCGCUACCCUGCCUGCGGCGUCUCCACGGCGUACUCUACGCAAAGCUAUCUCCAUUCCGGCCGUGUCAUCUCUCGUGAAGGACUCGUGGAGUUGGGCGGGUGAGACCCUGAACACAUACCGCGAUGGACUCUCGCCCGAACAACGGAAACAGAAAGCCGAGAUUGAGGAUCGCAAACAGGUGCUCUAUAUGAAAAUCAAACAUGCGGUGUCGUACGAGGAAUGGAGUAGUUGCGCGAGCGAACUGGACAUCCUGGAAGACAACAGCACCUGGAAAACCGCGGUCGAAUCUCCGGACUAUCAUCCCCAAUUGGUCCAGGAACGGUUGCGCCAACUCGAGGAGGCACGGAUUAGCUGCGAUGUCAGUCGCAUGUUGUUUCUGGUCCGGACCGCCCUGAGCCGCGACUUGGGGAAAAUGAGCAACGCGUCGCUAUACCGACAUUCUCAUAUUGGCACUAAGGAUCUGGUCGACCGCUAUAUCACGACUGCUUUGGACACGAUCACGACGUUGGUCGAUCUGUCGGUCCAUAAUCGCUGUGAUGGCCUGGAACUGAAGUACAUAUUGGAUCAGCUCCUGGCAGCCCGGCAGGCGUUUGGUCGCAGUGCCCUUUUGUUCUCCGGAGGCGCAACAUUUGGCAUGAAUCAUAUCGGUGUACUUAAAGCUCUUUAUGAGGCGAAGUUGAUUCCGCGUAUUAUCUCGGGAGCCUCGGCCGGCAGCAUUGUCUGCGCGGUGUUUUGCACACGAACCGACGAUGAGCUUCCGGAUCUCUUGGAAACCUAUGCGCACGGAAGCUUUGCAGUAUUCAACGAGCAUGGUCAAGAGGAUAAUAUUUUCCAGAAGACAGCUCGUUUCUUGAAGUUUGGGUCCUUCUUGGACAUUUCACAUUUGGCAAACACAAUGCGGAGUUGGCUCGGUGAUAUGACCUUUCAAGAAGCAUAUAAUCGGACACGCAGGAUAUUGAACAUCUGCGUCUCCAGUGCUGGCAUGUACGAGCUGCCUCGAUUACUCAACUAUAUUUCCGCCCCGAAUGUUCUGAUCUGGUCUGCGGUAGCGGUAUCGUGUUCUGUACCAUUGGUAUUCCGGCCAUUUACCUUGAUGGCCAAAGAUCCGUUGACGGGGGAAUCCAAACCCUGGAAUGACUUUCACAAACAAUACAUUGACGGCUCGGUUGACGGGGACCUUCCAAUGACCCGGCUGUCCGAAAUGUUCAACGUCAACCACUUCAUUGUUUCACAGGUCAAUCCUCAUGUAGUCCCAUUCCUACCUAAGGAAUAUGGACCGACCAACACAGCAGAGCAAAGCUCGUCACUUGUACCCCGUUGGGUCAGCACCAUGACCCAUCUAGCCAAGGAUGAAGUUUUGCAUCGAAUGACUGUUCUUUCAGAGCUGGGUGUGUUCCCAAACUCAAUGACCAAAGCAGCUUCUAUUAUGAACCAGAAAUACAGCGGCGACAUCAACAUCUAUCCCGAAUUGAUAUCGUCCAAUUUUCCUCGGAUCCUGGCGAAUCCGACAACGGAGUUUAUGCUGGAAGCCUGCCUCAGCGGUGAACGAGCAACAUGGCCCCGAUUAAGCAGGAUCAGGAACGCCUGUGCCAUUGAGCUGGCUCUCGAUCGAGCCAUCCAGCAAAUGCGAGCCCGGGUGGCAUUCAGCCCCGGCCAACUGGAGUUGCGCACCCACAGCUCCUUCCAUCAUUCCGCUGAUUCCAUGGACAGUGGUGCCGGGCGCGGACGAAUUCGCAAUCGGCGACGAGGCUCCCACAGCCAUGAAUUGGAACGAAGACGUACCAGAGGCCUCUCCCGGAGUGACCCAGCGCAGGAGCUUCGCAAAGCUCGCAGCACCAUUUCGCUUGAAAAUCCGCUCUUGACAGCAUCUAACGAUCUUAUUUCCGUUCCAGCCCGGCAAAAGGCCCACCGCCGUCGAUCGUCCAUCACCUUUGGCGGCGGAGGGUUUGCCGUGGGAUCCGGCAGCGACGAUGACGAGGAGCCCGGACUGUCUUUUUCGAUUCGUUCACGGACCCCUGGUCACCAAGCGUCCUGGGAUAGUUCUCCUUACGGCGAGGAAUUGAACCACGGGGUGUGCAACCCCGUCCUGUCCCGGCGAUCUUCAUUCUCGACCGGGAGGUCACCGCGAUCUACUUCCGGCCGCCGAGGGGGCUCUCCUAAACAGGUCUACACGCCGUCGGCUCGUGAGAUCUCCAUGGCUUUGUCCCCGUCGUCCCGACAUCUGCUGAGCAUGACCCCCUCGAUUCACCCGAGCUCUCCUGACUCGGUUGCGCGUCAAGCUCGUCCGUGA